AUGCAUCUUACAAUCUGUUUUCUUACUUUUCUCAAUUUUGGAUUUCAUUUAGCUAGUAGUGAUCUAUAUGGGAGUUAUACUCUAUUAUAUGAUCCAUUAAAAUCUAGUGAAUGGUCAGAUGAUCUUGCUCUUGCUUAUAUAAGAACAGUACAAUUAUUGAAUUAUGAUUAUCAUGUGUUUCAAUAUCGACCUUAUCCAUGUCAAUAUUUUUAUACAAGUAAAAUUGAAAUUAAUUAUAAUAAUCAAACAAUAAAUGCAUGUAUAUAUAAUACAACAACAAGUGACUAUGAAUAUAAUUUUCAACUUCACCUUGAUUUUCAUAAUAUUGAAUCAUAUAUUCUACGUAAUAUAGCUAUUCAAUGUAAAUAUAUUAAUUGUAGUUUAUCAUUAUUAAAUGUAAAAUCUAUACGUAUUGAUUGGAAUAAAUAUGGUCGUGAUAUUAAUUUUAAUUGUUCAUUUAAUACAAUACAACAAUAUAACAUUUAUAAUGCUCCACAUAUACUAACUGAAUGGAUAACACUUCGAUGUAAAUCUUUAUCUGCUUGUACUCGUUCAAAAUAUAAUCUUGAACAAGCAUUAUCAUCAAAUAUUCAAUUAAUUUAUAGUUCAACUUAUGAACUUGAAAAACCAUAUUGUUCAUUGGAAAAAAAUCUUAUUUAUAUUAUUGAAACGAAUUUUUCACAAACAAAUCGUUUACUUGAACAACUAAUUGAUUUAAUUCAACGAGGUUUUGGUAGACCAAAUGAACGUGAACAAGUGCAUAUGAAAGAAUAUAUUGAACAUAAAUGGAUACAUAAUCAUACGAAUACAACAAUAGAUACAACUGCAAUAUCUGGAGAAGUACAAGGAACAUUUAAAGAUACGAAAAAAUAA